AUGAGCGGGUUCCCCGCAUCAACCUUCGUGGAACCUCUCGUACCUGGCUUCGACACCAUCAACGUCGGAUCAUACUCCUUCCUCAUCAAACACCGUGGCUCCAACACGAAUUAUGAUACCAUGGUAUUUGACCUCGGCGUGCGAAAGGACUGGGAGAAUCUACCAGAGACGUUUGUCGCUGGUAUCAAGGGAAGUGGGUGCAAGAUUAAGGUGCAAACAGACGUUGCCUCGAUCCUGCGAGAGAAUGGACAGAGUCUAGAUGACGUUGGAGCUAUCAUUUGGUCGCGUUGGCAUUUUGAUCAUGCUGGUGAUCCACAGACCUUCCCGGCCACAACGGACCUCGUUGUUAGUCCAGGGUUCAAGAAGAAUAUGAUACCUGCUUAUCCCACCGUCAGGGACGCACACGUCAAUGAAACAGCUUGGGAGGGUCGUGAGUUAAUAGAGAUCGACUUCAAAGGAGACAAGGGUCUGAAACUUGGCAAAUUUGACGCGUAUGACUUUUACGGCGAUGGAAGCUUUUAUCUCUUGAGUUCGCCAGGCCACGCGGUCGGACACAUGUCUGCUUUAGCUCGCACAACUGCUGAUCCCGCUUCCAUCAUGCUUCUGGGCGGCGACAUCGCUCACCACUGGGGAGAGCUCAGACCAUCACCAUACACGCCCCUUCCCGAGAUGAUAUCCCCAAAUUCUCUGGGUCGGACCCUCUCGGUUUGCCCUCGGCGAGUCUUCCUCAACAUCCAUCCUUGGAAGGACCCAGAGAGACUAUUCUUUGACCCAACAACUGAGCCGGGAUGGCAUCUUGAAGCUGCGGAGGCAAAACAGAGUAUCGACAAGUUGAUGGAGGCGGAUGCUUAUGAUAACAUCUUUCCUGUCACGGCUCAUGAUAUGACCCUGGGUGAGACUGUAGAGUUGUUUCCCGAGAAGGCUAAUGACUGGAUGGCGAGAGGGUGGACGGAGGCGACGCGAUGGGGCUUCUGUGGGGGGUUUAUGCCAAUGAAUGAGAUGGAUGAUAAAGGACAGCUUGCACAUAUUACGGGAUCUCAUGAGGUGCACGAGUCGACGGGGGCUGGCUCUAAGAUCAUGUCGAUUGUACAUCUCGAGCACAUGGAGGAGGGGAAGAAAGCAGAACUUCAUAAUCUACCGUUAUGA